CUAGCUGGCUUGCCUUUUGCAAUUCUCAAUUCAAGACGUAUCCCCUUCCAGAGAGGAGUUUUCUGUAGUGAUGAAUCCAUCCGCUAUCCAUACAAAGAGGACACCAUUUCUUAUAAGUUGUUAGCAGGAAUAAUUGUUCCUUUCAGUAUAAUUGUUAUAAUCCUAGGAGAGACUCUCUCUGUCCUUUAUAAUCACUUGCACUCAAAUUCGUUUGUCAGAAAUAACUACAUAGCCACUAUUUACAAAGCCAUUGGGACCUUCAUUUUUGGAGCAGCUGCUAGCCAGUCAUUGACAGACAUUGCCAAGUACUCCAUAGGUAGACUGCGUCCUCACUUCCUCGCUGUGUGCCAGCCCGACUGGACACGGAUCAAUUGCAGUCUAGGCUACAUCGAGAACUUCUCUUGUCAAGGAGACAAAGGAAAAAUCAAUGAAGGAAGACUAUCAUUUUACUCUGGCCAUUCUUCGUUCUCCAUGUACUGCAUGCUCUUCCUAGCACUUUACCUUCAGGCCAGGAUGAAAGGAGACUGGGCAAGACUUGUACGUCCUACUCUACAAUUUGGUCUUAUUUCUGCAUCCAUCUAUGUGGGUCUCUCACGUGUUUCUGACUACAAGCAUCACUGGAGUGAUGUUUUAACAGGACUUAUUCAGGGAGCAGUGGUAGCUGUGCUCAUUGUUGUGUAUGUGUCUGACUUCUUCAAAGAGAGAGGGUGUACGUUUCAACCGAAAGAAGACUCCCAUACAACCCUUCAUGAGACGCCAACAAAUGGAAAUCACUUUGGCAGCAAUCAUCAGCCAUGAAGAAUGACCCACCUCCCCUGUCUUGCUCUGAAAGGAAAACAAUUUCACAAGUCUAACUAUGUAAUAUAAGUAAAUGCCUUUAAGGGACUGCUGCUGCUCUCGGAUGCUCCAUUCACCUGUAUAUAGUUAACACCUACCACAGUUACUGUAUAUC